UCACCACAAAUUUGAUCGCUUACUAAUGAAAUGGCCGCAUUGAAUGGUAAAAGAAAAAGCAAAAAAAAAAGUGUUUUCUUAAAACGUGAUUUUUAGCGAGAAAAAAAAACAAAGAAAAUGACUUUUUGACUAUAAUCACGAAAGUACAAGAAAAAACAUCUUCCUGAUUCCUAAGAAAACAAGCAGUAAAUCUUAUCGAGAAUUUGCUGCUUAGUUUCCCAAAAAUGCUGCCCUUUUUUGCCUAUAAAAGUGGUGUGCAUUUUUCGGGGCGGGGCUCUUCUGCCAUUCACCAAGCCCCCCCAAAUUUUUAGUCAUGUGCUAAUGAAAAGAGGGGGUGACAAAUGAUGAACUGAACCAUCAUCAGGUAAAGUAAACCAAAAAAAAUCGAGAUUUAGGCCAAAAAAAUUAUUAUAAAUGUUUUUUUUUAAACAAAUUUGUUUUGCCAUUCCAAAAUAUCACAAAUCUACCUUUUUUUUAAAUUUUUUUUUAAUUUUUUUUUUAAAUUCAAGUUAAUUUUGACAAAAGUUUUUACAAAAGAAAAAAAAAUGAGUUAGUUAAAUAUUUCUUUGGUUUUUAAUUUCAAUUUUUGACCGAAUCUCACAAUUGAUUAAUUUAUUUAUAAGUUUUUUUUUUUGUGAUAAAAGAAGAAAAAAAAUCAUAUUUCGAAUAUUUUCUUGUUCAGGAUUUACACGAUGACUGAAGAUGUGCAACAUGUUGAGGAAAAAAAAAGAUAUUUUUUCAGAAAAUAAGAAAAAUUCGCUAAAAAUGUUUGCAAAGCUAAGAAAGAAAAUUCCAAAAAAUAAAUUUUGGAAUUAGAAAUUCAGUGAACAUUUCACUUUGGCGUCAAUUCCAAAAAAAAAUCUUCCUGUCUUCGAAAAAAUGAGAAAGCAUUUAGUGAAUAAAUCAUCACACGGUAAUGAUGAUUUUAUUUUCUAUAAUAUUCUCUAAUGCUCCAAAUGUGGCGUAACUUUUGUAAAAUAUUUUUUACAUGCUGAUGAAAAUUGAUAUUUUAUAAUGAAAUUAUUUUGCACAAUUUAUUGGAAAUUUUCAUUUCAAUAAAACACUGUUAAAAGAUUAUUUUUAUGAUUGCUUUGUGUAGAUUAAAUUGAAAUAAUAAUUAAUAAAUUGCAGACAAGAUAAAAGAAAUGAAGGAAAGCAAUAAAAUGUGCAAAAUAAAGUGGCGUAGUUUGUGCGUAAUGUGUUGGCGAUAUUUUUUAAAAAGAUUUGAAAAGAAAUGAUCCAUAAUAAUUUCUUUUCAUUGUGGCGUAAAAAGUUUGAAAAUUUAAUGGAUUGUUGCGUUUUUCUUUUUUGAUUUGGCGUAAAAUUUAUUACAUCUUUCAUGCAAAAUAUUAUGUAAUUUCUUGCAGAAUUUUCCGGUUUGGCAGAUUCUAUUUAUGGAAACUCAACACAGAAGACUUGCAAUUACAUGUGAUAUUCAUCUCUAAUGCCCGAAUGAGGAGUUUAUAUUCUUUCUGUUCAAUUUAUUCAUUUAAAAAGUAAAUCAUCUUUUUGCCAUUUGCGUUCCUUCUGGAAAUUUUCAGCAAACGAUCUAAUGAAAAAAAUUGUAUUAAAAAAAAUCAGAAGAUUUAUAAAGAAUUCGCGUAAAAAAUGCUGAAAAUUAAAGAAUUGGAACAAUGGGCAAGAAAAAAAUGUUUAUAACUAAAGUCUUCAGUGUGAGAAAUUCCUGAAUAGAUUCAUUUUGGCGUAAUUUUUACAAUUUUUUUUGACCCUUUUUUAUCAACAGUCUCUCUGUUACCAUAAAUUUCAAGACAACACAGAGAGACGUACAGUUGUGUAUAAGAAAAAAAACGAAAACGUUUUUUGAGAAAGAAGACAAAUUUUUAUCAAUAUUUCCUUCGCGUUUGUUUUUCUUUAAUAACUUGUUUUUGCUACUGGACACGUCUUUAUUUUAAUUUAGAAAUUUCGUGAAUUUGAAUUUAUCUAAAAUUCUAUUUUAAGUUCCUAAAGAACUUUGCUAAUUAAAAAAAAAAAUGUAUUCGUGUCCAAUUUUUCGAAAAACAAAAUUAAUAAUAAUAAAAAAAAUUACCUAAUCUCCUCAACAAAUAUUGAAAAAAAUAAAUAAAUUUCUUAUAAAAAUAGAAAAUUUUGUUGCAUUAAAAAUUAAAGUUUUUAUUCUUUGAAAUUCCGGAAAUCUCAUAAACCAAUUUGUUGGUUUCUUUUUGUAAAAAAAAGAAUCGUUGAAAAAAAGAUAAAAGUUUUCAAAAUUACACAAUUGUCUCUAUCUUUCUCUCUUUCUCACUCAACCUUUAUUUGGAAGACAAUUCAACGCAAAAAUAAUUAUUUUAUUUUUAUAUUAAUGCGCAGUGAUAUUUUUUUAAUUAUCUAAUACUUUGUUUUUUCUCUUUUCUUCCUCAUGUUUUGCAUCCUUUUCCCCCUCAAAAAAAAUCCAAUAUUUCUUCAAUGAUGUCCUUUAACAUACACACACACACACAAAAAAAUAAAACAACACACUAUUCCCUGAUUUUCCACCAAAAAUGUCUGAAAAAAAAUGACAUGGAAAAUCCUUUCCAUUCCUCUGUGGGCAUCGUGGGUGCACACAAAUAACAAUCCCCGGCACAGGCGUGUUAUUUGAAAGCUAUAGAAACACGUCCUGAUUUUGCUGUUGCCUGGAGCAAUUUGGGAUGCGUCUUCAAUGCUCAAGGCGAAAUAUGGCUGGCAAUUCAUCACUUUGAGAAGGCAGUUGCUCUCGAUCCUAACUUCUUGGAUGCAUACAUCAAUCUUGGCAAUGUCCUCAAAGAGGCAAGAAUUUUCGAUAGGUGAGUCAUAUUUACUUAUAUUCUCACUGUGUACAUAUUUACUUUUGCGGUAGAAGAAGUAGAAAAUACAAACAGGUGGAAAUUUUAUUUAUUUUCUUCUCUGAAAAAUAAAUCAAUUUGGAAUAGGAAUGAUUUUAUUUUAAGAGGGAAAAUAUUGAUUAAAUCCAAUAAAAUUUGUUUUCAUUCAUUUUAAGGAGAAAAAAAAUAGAGAAAUGAUUUUUCUCACAAGGACAAACAAAGUUUAUUGCAAUAGUAGAAAAUCCUCCAACUGACUCUUUAUUUCAUAUAUAUAUAGAAUUUCAUGGUUUGGUAUAAACAGGGACGUAGCCAGAAAUCAAUUCAAGUGUGAGAGUCAAGAGGGAUUUUUUUUAGAAAACAAAUUCUUUGAAGAACACUAAAAAUAGAUCAAAAAGAACGACUAAGAAGUAUAGAUUACCUAAUGAAGAUUGGAAUUUCUUAUAUUGACUGUAGAAGAAGAAGUGGAACGUUUAUGGCUUAACCAUACCUUAUCUUAAAAAACGUGUAUUCAUUCUUUUUUCGCACUCACACCUUUGCAAUUUUGACAAGAAACGACGAAAACACGUAUUUUUGACACAAUUUGACAAGGUGGGAGUGAGAAAAACGACGAAAACGCGUAUUUUUGACACAAUUUGACAAGGUGGGAUUGAGAAAAACGACGAAAACGCGUAUUUUUGACACAAUUUGACAAGAUGCGAGUGAGAAAUGACGAAAACGCGUAUUUUUGACACAAUUUGACAAGGUGCAAGUGAAAAAACGACGAAAACGUGUAUUUUUUUUUAAAGAAAAGGUGUGGUUUAGACCAUUUUUUUUAUAACGUUUGAAGUUUUGUUUCGUACAUUUGACAUGUUUAUUCCAAUGUUUGAUGUUCCUUUUUUUAUAAUUUACGAUUUUAUUCUUACAUUUGACGUUUCUUCUAAUCUUUGACGUUUUUUUUCCAAUGCUUGACGUUUGUUCUAACAUUUGUCUUUUAUUUUGACGUUUACCAUUUGACAUAUUUUUCUAACGUUUAAGACACUUCCUCACCACUGGUUAUUAAAUGUUUGGCGUAGCUUUUGCAAAGAGGAGAUAUAAAAAAAAUCCUCACAAAUAGUUGUACAGUGUUUGCUAAACAAAAGCCGAGGAGAAAUAAUUUGGAAAACACGUGAUAUAAAUUCUUUUUUUUAUAUAUUGAAAUUGAGAGCUUUUCACCAAAGCACGUAUACUCUAUUUAUUUUGAUAUGGAAUGGUUUUUUGUGGGGGAACCAUGAGAAGUGUUUAAAGAAGAAAAUUUCCAUCAAACGACGUCUCGUCAAAAUAAUCACACAAUUUUAAAAUAUCAAUAAUGAAGAAAAUACAUAGUAAGGAGUUUAUAUAUCUAUAUUUUUUUCACUAAAAGUAUGCCAAAAUGUAUUUUUUACAAGGAUUUUUUACACUCUGAAUACAUUUUGAUUAUUUCGUUGGAAUAUUUGAUUGUACGUAAACUUGGUAUAGGUAAUCUGGAAUUUGGUUGAGAAAUAAUCCUUGAGUUGAAAUAAUUUAAAGAAGAUUACUCAUUGACGUUUACUGAUGGACAUCUGUUUUCGCUUAUUUUCACACUUCUUUUGAGUUUUCUUUACCAAACGCGCUUCAGUAAUUGAUUGUUUAUGGUGUUGAAAAUCUCACUCAAUUGGUGUGCUCUCCAUCAAAGGAUUUUCUAUUAAUGAAGAAUAAUAAUUGCAUUAUCAAUUGGAGAUGAAUUUAUGUGUUGGUUGAGGUACAUAAUAAAAUAUUAGAAGGAUGGAAAUUGUAGGUCUAAUUUUGGAUAUCUUCACAAAAAGCAACACUUUACAUAAUAACACAAUUCAGUUAGAAAUAGUAGGUAUGUGGGAGAUUUAUUAAUAGAUUUUUUUUCCAUCUAUUUUGGAAGUAUUUUUCUCCCACCCUUUUGACGUAUUUCUAUAAAAGGAUCAAUUUGUGUGUUAUAUAUGUACAUAAGAAUAGAUUUACAUACAUGGUCAUUCUGAUGGACAAUAAAAAGCACGAUAUCUGUUUGAGUAGAAAAAAAAGGAAAUAUAAGUGAAAAUCAAUUGAAUGCGAAUGCUAAACAAUACCGAAGCCAUAGUGGAAACUGGGGCUAUUUAAAUCAGUUUUGUGUGAAAUAAUUUCUAAAGCUUCCCUGGAAUGUAAAGGCGGUUAAAUACUAAAUAGAUAAAAUAACGUUAUAUAAAUAUAUUUUGUUGGGAAAUUUUCGUUAAAAGAUGAUUUUCUGCGGUAUUUGACGCAUGAUUGAUGUUUUCCUUUCUUACGGACACGCCCAACGUUAAAAUUAUAUCAUGAAAAUGAUAAUUAACUUGAAUAGACUUCCUGCAUAAAGUCAAAUACAUACCCUAAAGCUUUUGUGCACACAAUGUCUCUUCAUUGUAAGACUUUCUUCUAUCUUAAACAUUAAUCAUUUUACUGCAAUUAAUUUAAUCUUCUCCAAACGGGGAUGUGUACGUAAAUGUACCUUACAUUAAAGAAAUUGAAUUUUUUCUCUUGAUGUGGAUGGAAAAGAAAAUUUAAUCUCUGGAAUAUUUUUCAAGAUUUAUGGCAUCUUCUAACCCACUCAAUCGUGUGUAAUAGAAUAAAAUGUUUUAUUAGAAUUUAGAGUGAUUUCUAGAAGGAAUUUGUACCGCAUAGGAAUUUUCUUAUUUGAAGGAAAACAUCAAUAAAACCCCAAAAGAUUUGGAAUCGUAUGGAAUUUCAUGUGUGGGUGGAUAAGUAUCUCACACCUCUGGAUCAAUUUUGCAAAAAGGGAGAAGGAAAAAAAAAGAACUUCUUCCUUCCAUUCGUCGGUGUGUUAUGGACAUAAAAUGCCAACGACUCUUCACCACCAAAGAUUGUUCUCUCUCAUGAAAUAAACUGGAAAGUUCACAUACAGGAGAUUGCCUGCAAUAUUAGUUUUUUCUCUCCUCUUGCACGUAAAAAUUUAUUGGACAGACGUCUCCAAUAUUUGACGGCUUCCAUAUAUGUACGUCAUUACAUUAUAUAAAAAAAAUGUUACAUAGAAGAAAGAUUCCUGUAAUGGAAGAUCUUAUUUAGAAGAGAAAACUUAAUUUCGUAUUUGAUGAAAUGAAAACAAAUUUUCCCUUGUCUAAAGAAGUUUCUCCUGUUGCAAGCUUUCUUUAUUACUUUGGUAAACUUAUUAGAUUUUUAGAUGAAACAAUGAAUCAGAAGGUUAUGUAUGUAUAUAUAAAAGAAGGAGCAUUGUCUUCUUCAUCUCCAUGUCCACAUUUUCUGGCGAUUCUUGGCAACCCAACGGCUUUUUUGGGGUGUAAUAAAUAUUAUCUUUACCCCAUUAUGCAUAAUUAUAAAUAUCCUUGGGAAAGACGUAGCAUUUAGAUUUUCUCUUUUCAUUAUUUGAAUUUCGUUGAAUAAAAAAGAAACAAAAAGAGGGGUGAAAUGGAUAACCAACGAAAAAUUCCCUUUCUAUUUGAAAAGGACGUAUUUCCAUUGAAAAUGAUUAAGGUUACCAUUUGACUAUAUUAAGCUAAAUUAAAUAGUCAAGGUCUAAGCGUGUCAGAAGGAGGUAUAGGUACCUAAAAUGUUAAUUAAUUAGAGCUAGGAUUGUAUUACAUGGAGCGGAAUACGGGAGCACGGGAACUUUGUAAUCAUAUUGUAAUUUCUGAGGUUAUCAUAAAAAUUGAAUAGCCUACAAGGGGUGUUUAUCUGUGAUGAAAUUAUUCGAAUCUUCAGAAAUAUUCGCAUGAUUCGCUAAAGAAAUCAAAAUAUUGGUUUUUAGUCUUAAAAUGAUUCAGUUUGAGAAGCAAAAAAAGCUUAAAAAAAAUUUCAUUUAAGCCCAAAAAUGUGUAAAUUUAAAGCCGAAAACUCAUUUUUAGUCUAAAAGUCGAGAAAUGACUAAAUUCAAGCCGAAAAAUAUUAUUUUGCUUUCCAUUCUAAAGAGACACAAAUCUGUGAGCAAAAGCUUAAAAAAACAUUUAAUUUUAAUACAAAAGUGAUUAAAUUCGAACCCAAAAAAGACUAAAUUUAACCCUAAAAGUAGUAAAUUCAAGAAUAAAAGUGCUCAAUUUUAACCGCAAAAGUUGUAUUUACAUUUUCCGAUUUCGAUGUUUAUGUGAAUUAAAAUAUUCAAAGCUUCGGAAAUAUUCGGAUUAUUAGCCUAAAAAAACAAGAAGGGGAUUUAUCUGAAUGAAAAUCUUCGGAUUAUUCGUCAAAAAACAGGAUUUUUUGGAGAGAUUAUGGUUAUUCGCGUCAAAAAGAAUUGAAUUAUUUGUCAAAAUUCGAAUAUUUCGUUACAAUUUGGAAUGUUCGUCAAGGAGAAUCGAACUAUUCGUCGAGAUUCGAAUUAAUCGUUCGAAUUUCGAUUAUUCAUCAAAGAAAUUCAGAUUAUUCGUCAAAAUUCUGAUGAUUCAUCGUGAUUCGGCAAAAUAAUCGAAAUAUUCGCCAGAUAAACACCCCUUUUCCUAGCCAAUGAAAUGAAAUGAGUAGAAUCCUUUUGGAAUUUAACCACAAAAAAAUGUUUUCUAAAUAGACCUAAAAGUUCACCAGCUGAAUUUUUUAGCUUAUAAUUUCUUACAUUAUUUAAUUAAAGAAAUAUUACAUAUCAGACUUACUGAUAAGAGACAAAUUUGCCAAAAAAAAAAGCAUUGAUAUUGCUUCAAUUCUUUGGGGUAAAAUUUUUGGCAGAUUUAUUUGUCUGCUAUCUGUAUAUCAUGGCGUGUGCGUAAAAUGCUUGGGUAUCGUCUCUUUUUGGAGGGAUGCUUUGGGGGAUCCUUUUUAGGUGUUAUUUAGGAGCAGGCGCAGGGAGGAUAUUUAAAAAUAUCACUUUUAGGUACCUCCCAAAAUCGCACAUUUCCCCGGGUUUUCAUUGUUUGGUCGCAAAUGUGUGUGAAUUUCGGGAGUGGUGGGAGAAAAUUUUCUGUACUUUUGGGGGGAUGAUGAAAACUUCCUUUAGGCACUUUCACGGGGUGUCCUUUCCCAUGUUCUGGGUGUUUUGUCCUCAAUUUUCCCUUCUUACCACCCCCGCAUGUGCGGUGCCACUUUGGGGAUGAUUGUGUGUAAAAAUCCAAACCUAUGGGAGCUAUACAAUAGGUACCUAUGGCAUAAAUAGGGGUGGUUUUGGGUUUUAUUUUUUUCUCUUCUUCUUCUGUUAAGUUCAUGAGUGGGGUACAAGUCUCAAUGUAGUGGAGAGUCUCGUUCAAAUUUCACAGACGCUGGUCUCCUGGCAACAAUCACUGGUGUGUGCGAUGAAUUUUCCUGCGUGUAGAUUUUCCAACCGAGACGACCCAAAAUAUAUAUUCACUGAUUUUGUACAUUUUCUCCCACACAAUAUGAGUGGGAAAAAAGGUAAAGAGAAAACGAGAGAGAGAUGCGAGAGGAUUUUCCUCUCAAUGUGAAUUUUCUUCUCACAUUGUGAAUUUUCCACACGAGUACGCAAACUCAGGCGGAAAGCAACGAUGACGCGUGGCAUGAGGGGUGAAAGAUUAUGUUGUGUCCCCGACGAGUGAUAGUGCUUGAUGAGAGAGCAAGCAUUUCGGCAUUGCCCCUUUUUCCAUCGGAAUCGUCGUCUGGUGUUGAGGGUUUUUCGUGAGAGACAAACUCCAAAGGCGUUCAGUAGCAUAGUGUAGAUUGUGGCGGAAAGUUUUCACACGAUCGGAAAGAAGAAAAUCGCACUGUUUUUUCCCUUCUUUCUUUUUUAUGUUAUAUACUUGAAAAUAAACUCACUUAUUCCUUCAAUCCAUCUGUUCGUAUUUUACGGAAAAAGAAUCACGUGUGAAAAGUGAAUGGAAUGUGGUGGGAAAAUUACGUGAAAACUGAGUGAUGUUGGUGAGAAAAGAGUGAAAAAAGCCACACAACGCCCAUUAUUGAGAAAUUUUCCACCCUUACGUACCCUGUGAGAGGAGCUUCUAUCCCAAGAAAAAAAAAAACUAACUUGCAAAGGAGAGAAAAAGCGGAAGAAAACUCAAUAUUUCUUCCUAAUUUUGCUAUUUGGAAUAAAAAUAAUUAAAGAGACAUCAAAGUAAAGAAGAAAAUGAUUUGCGUGCUGUCUUAAUUGGUGGGUGAGAAAGUUGGAAGAUUAGCAAAAGUGUGGUGGAGGUGGAAGAACCGAAAGGGACUUGCUUAUAAGCUCAUCAAAAAUUAUGUGAUGAGAAUAAUUUAAUAGUAAUAAAAAGUCACCCACCCCCCAUGCCACGAGUAGACACGCAAAUUUGAGUGUCGUCAGCUUUUAUUUUUUUUUACAUUGCACUCCACAGCAAAAGAGGGUGUGUUUUGGGGCUCUUCUUGUAAACGAAAAAUGAUGAUUUUAUCUCAUCUUGAGGGAGGAACAACAAGAAAAAUUUACACCAUACUGAAUAACAAAUGAAUUUGUUUAUUCAUCACAGACAAAAUUGAUGAGUAUUGCAGAGAGAGAUUUUUGCAAGCAUAAGCACAAAUUCCAAAUGUAGCUCUUGGUGCAGAUAGCAAAAACAAAUAAUAAAUAUUUGUAUGGUGAAGAAAAUAUUCCAGCAUCUAAGGAUUUUUUUUUAUUGUAUGCGAGGAAAACAACUUUCCGAGGUUGCAGAGAAUUUUGUGCGAUUUUCACAAUAUAUUGAAGGAAUGCGUGUGAUCCUUGUGCUACAAAUAUAUAAAGUGAAAUGAUGUGGAAAAGGGAGUAACAAAAUGGAUUCUCAUUCCCAGAUUUUAUUCAACGCAUAGAAAGGAGAGAAAGAAAAAGAAGUAAAGAAGAAGGUGGGAGACACAACUAUUUCACAUUGCAAACAUCUCUUGUAAAAGUACACUCUAUUGUAACUUUGAGGAGGGAACUUAAAGUUGAGAGGAUUUGUGGGGAGAAGAAGGGGAGCAAAAAAAAAGAGUCCUUAUAGGCGAGGCAUUUCCGAGACAUAUAACCCCCACACAAUUUAUCUACUUGAUAUGGCAUUAGAUUAAGCGGGGGAGGAAGAAACCACCCCACCAAAGAAGAAGAUACAAGCACACACAAAAAAAAGCUCUGCGAGAUGUGACGAUACCUAUAUAGAAGAGAAAGCUAUAUAAUGGUGGACGAAAGGAUAAUACAAGCAAAAUGAAUUAUAUCCAUGUGACAGUUUUUUUCCUACUUCUCCCAUUUCUCCAUGGCUCAAGAUACUUUUACACGCACUGUCAAACAAAUAUUCAUCAAUUAGUUCACAUUGGGGCGCUCGAGGAAGUAUAUAUAUGUGGUAAUUGAAUUAAAAGGAAUUGCCGCUGAAAUUGCCACACACGAGGGUAGCAAAUUGCUAGAAACUGCUGACGUGCACGGGGGGUAUAUAUACACAAUUUCUGUGCCUAUUAUGUGCAAGAAAAACACACAGCUUGGGUGAGAAGAAAAUAAAACAUUGAGGAACCAUCGAGGAAAAUCGAUUGAAAGGAUAAAACAACGGAAGAGGAAUUGGUAUGGAAAUAUAAAGGAAAAAAACAACACAGAGGCGUCUCUAAAGUGAAAUUGAGACAAAGUAGUUUGCUGAUGUGAAGAAUAAAAGAAGAGAAAAAAAAUCCAGAUUACAAGAGAAAGUUAAUAGAACUCUAUCUCCGCAUCAUCCUUCACAGAGGGAAGUUAUAUCAAUUUGAAAGAGGAUUUGCGGUGAGAUCAUACGAAACACUAUGCUUAUACUCUUUCAAUGAUGAAGAAAACACAUAGUGUCUAAAAAAAAAAUAAAGCUAAUACAGGGACUGAAAUAAUUAUAUUAAAAGAGAAAAUUUAUAAAAGAAAAAUCUACGAAGAAAGUAAAAAAAACGAAGCGUAAAAUGAGAAUAUUUUCUGAGAAAAUUGCAAAGAUGAAAAAAACUUCAACAUUUCCAAGGCUCUGAUGCUUUGCCAAAGUAGCAUCAAAUUCAGGAGUGUUAGAAGCAAUUUAUCCGUCAACAUUAAUUGACCCAUAAACCUCCAUUUGAGCCACAAAAUAUAGGGUGGAGUGUGGCCGAUUAAUAUUUGUGGAAAAUGGCUCAAUCAACGGGGCAAAUGGUGAUGCGUUGUCUAAAUUAAAUUUGCGGAGGAUGGUUUUGCCAAAACGGAAAAUAGUCACCUUCGCAGGAAAUGCCGUUUGGCCUCUAAGCCAUAUACAUCACAUGCACAUCAUGCACGUUAUGUAAAAACAACCCAGAGGCACUAUAUAUUAUCCCUACAUAUAGUAUAUUUUGCUAUUUUGUAAGCUGCAACAGCCGGAUAAAUAAAGAUCAAGUGCAAAUUUAUAAUUAUAAAUUUAACGUGCGUGAUUUCAAGUUCAUCCACGAAGCCACGUAUCAGUGAUUCUUCAGUAUUAAUAGCCAAUGUGAUUUCUGCAUGAGAUAGUCCAACAAAGUCCAAAAUAACACAACUUUAUUUUUGGGAUUCAUCCAUACUGGACAAGCCUAUAAAUUCCAUUUGACAUUUUAACUAAAUGGCCAUGUGAAAGGAGGCUGGCUAAAAGCAGAACAUCUCAAGAAUUGAGAAGUUUUAAAAAUAAAUAUUUUCGUGUUUAUAUUGUGCAUAUUUUCAUCAACUAAAAUUAAUCUUAUAUAAAUGUUACCGUCCCAUAUAUGAUUGAAGGUGCGAGAGGAAAAAGAAAUUAAAAAAAAAACAGUGACGUGAUUAAUGCAAAAGAAGAAAUACUUUAAAAAUAAAAAAAAAGAAAGAGGAAUCUUAAACUAGAAAAAAUAGUAAAAAAGGAUAAAUAUUUGUCUAUUGAGUGAUUUAUUAAAAAAAAUGUUACAAUAAUGUCAAUAUAUUGCUGUGUUUAAUCGGGUUGUGGCCAUGAUAUUGUACAUACAGAAAUAGUAUUUUAAAUUUAUAUAUACGUAACCGUUGAUUAAUGGGACUAAGAAGUUAUAGCCAUUUGAAAAAUUAUUUAUACACUGUGGAAGUUUUUUUUUGGGGUGAUGCAAGAAUAGAAAUAAAAAGUGAAAGACGACAGUUUGGGAGGAAAUACUUGUUGAUAUAAUAUUAGUUUUUUGUAAUAAAAAAAAAACAGUAAAGAAAUGUUAAUAUUUCCAACGUUAUUGUCCAAGAAGAAAGUGCUAUAGUUGAUGUUAUCAAGCCAAAGAAAUUCUAUAUAAAUAUAUGUAUACAUAAACCACCGGGAAAAGUGAAUCAAAAAAAUACACGAAGAGAUUAAAAAAAAAGUCACAAAAACUACAUAUUGCAAAGGGACUUAAAUUAAUAUUAAAAAAAAAACAAUUUAAUAAAGUCGUGUUGUAGAGAUUUUGUAUUAAAAAAACCAAUAUAAUAGAUAUUAGUGGUUGUUAAUAGUGAACGUUAGAACUUUUGUAUGUUGAACGAGGGAUUUACCUUCGAAAAUAAUCUUAUUACAAAGAAAAUUCCCGAUAAAACGGUAUUGCACAAAAAUUUGUCUACAAAAAGGCCAACAAAAUCCAUAAGAUGGAUUAUCAGUGUAUUGUUGUGUACACUAUUGUGCGAAUUGCGCCAUUCUAUCCCCCACAAUCCAGCGGUGUGGAUGGGAAGAGUAAAGAGAGCGGAUGCCUUGAUUGGAUAAAGGCUCAAAUUAAAAGAGCCGUUGCUGCAUACUUGAGAGCACUAAAUCUAUCCGCUAGUAAUGCUGUAGUACAUGGAAAUUUAGCGUGUGUCUACUACGAACAAGGAUUAAUUGAUUUGGCAAUUGACACAUACAGGAGGGCAAUUGAAUUGCAACCCAAUUUCCCAGAUGCAUAUUGCAAUUUGGCGAAUGCACUCAAGGAAAAAGGGGAGGUGCAAGAAGCUGAAAAUUGCUACAAUACUGCCCUCCGUUUGUGUCCAACCCAUGCGGAUUCAUUGAAUAACUUGGCUAACAUAAAGCGCGAACAGGGUUACAUUGAGGAAGCCACACGGCUGUAUCUCAAGGCACUUGAGGUCUUCCCGGAAUUUGCGGCAGCUCAUUCCAAUUUGGCGUCUGUGCUGCAGCAACAGGGAAAACUCAAUGAAGCACUAAUGCACUACAAGGAGGCCAUACGGAUUCAACCAACAUUUGCAGAUGCCUACUCCAAUAUGGGGAAUACACUGAAGGAGAUGCAAGAUGUUUCCGGGGCACUACAAUGCUAUACGCGUGCUAUUCAGAUAAAUCCCGCCUUUGCGGAUGCCCAUAGCAAUUUGGCGAGCAUUCACAAGGAUUCCGGGAAUAUACCCGAAGCAAUUCAGAGCUAUAGGACGGCACUAAAGUUGAAACCUGAUUUCCCAGAUGCAUACUGCAAUCUUGCCCAUUGUUUGCAAAUUGUUUGCGAUUGGACGGACUAUGAUGCACGAAUGAAGAAAUUGGUUAGUAUUGUGGCGGAGCAAUUGGAAAAGAAUCGUCUCCCAUCGGUGCAUCCGCAUCAUUCAAUGCUGUACCCGUUGUCACAUCAAUUUCGGCGCGAUAUUGCGGCACGUCAUGCCAAUUUGUGCCUUGAAAAGAUUCACGUGCUCCACAAGCCACCAUAUAAGUUUCCACGUGAUCUACAGGGUAGUCGCUUGAGGAUUGGCUAUGUUAGCAGUGACUUUGGCAAUCAUCCCACAUCGCAUCUCAUGCAAUCCAUUCCCGGACUCCACGAUCGGCAUCGUGUUGAGGUAUUCUGCUAUGCUCUCUCACCGGACGAUGGGACAACGUUCCGGAGUAAGAUUGCCCGUGAAGCGGAGCAUUUUAUUGAUUUGUCACAAAUCCCAUGCAAUGGGAAGGCAGCUGAUCGUAUCCAUGGCGAUGGCAUUCACAUUCUUGUCAAUAUGAAUGGGUACACAAAGGGGGCACGAAAUGAGAUCUUUGCCCUUCGCCCAGCACCCGUGCAAGUUAUGUGGCUCGGGUAUCCGGGUACGAGUGGUGCGAGUUUUAUGGAUUACGUCAUAACGGACGCUGUGACAUCCCCAAUUGAUUUAGCGGCGCAAUACAGUGAGAAAUUGGCAUAUAUGCCCUACACAUACUUUAUUGGGGAUCACAAACAGAUGUUCCCGCAUCUCAAGGAGCGUCUUAUUGUGAGUGACAAAGCGCACGGUGGUAGUAAUGGUGUUGUGGCGGAUAAUGUUGCCGUGAUUAAUGCAACAGAUCUAUCACCACUUGUGGAAAGUACGGAUGUUAAGGAGAUACGUGAGGUGGUUAUUGCGGCAAAACCAGUGGAAAUUUCACUAAAAGUUGCCGAAUUGCCAACAACUACGCCCAUUGAGACGAUGAUUGCUUCGGGGCAGGUACAGACAUCUGUCAAUGGGGUGGUGGUGCAAAAUGGUCUGGCUACAACGCAGACAAACAACAAAGCAGCCACGGGGGAGGAAGUACCGCAGAGCAUUGUCAUAACAACACGUCAACAGUACGGCUUGCCAGACGAUGCAAUUGUUUACUGCAAUUUUAAUCAAUUGUACAAGAUUGAUCCGCUCACGCUGCAAAUGUGGGUGCACAUCCUCAAACACGUGCCCAAUUCCGUGCUAUGGCUUCUCCGCUUCCCGGCUGUUGGUGAGCCAAAUCUCCAGGCGACAGCACAGCAAUUUGGUCUUCCGCCAGGAAAGAUAAUCUUCUCGAAUGUAGCUGCAAAGGAGGAACACGUGCGACGUGGGCAGUUGGCUGAUGUUUGCUUGGACACACCACUCUGCAAUGGACACACAACAUCAAUGGAUGUCUUGUGGACUGGAACCCCCGUUGUGACACUUCCCGGUGAAACACUCGCAUCGAGAGUUGCGGCUUCACAAUUGGCCACUCUGGGAUGCCCAGAAUUGAUUGCAAGGACACGACAGGAGUAUCAGGAUAUUGCUGUACGCCUGGGUACGGAUCGUGAAUACCUCAAAGGGAUGCGAGCAAAAGUGUGGAAGGCGCGCGUUGAGAGUCCCCUUUUUGACUGCAAGCAGUACGCUCAGGGGCUAGAGAUGCUUUUCGGGAAGAUGUGGGAGAGGCAUGCACGCGGUGAGCCGGCCGAUCAUAUUGCUGCAAAUUCCAAAUAGAGAGAGAAGCAAAAAAUCAUCGCACAAUGGAUACAACAACACUUACGUAGAACAAAGAGUAUCUUCAAAAAAAAUUGUAGAAAUCCGAUUAGAUUGGAUAUGAGAUAGAAAUAUUGGGGGAGAGUUGACAAAAUUCUUGUAUCUCUCUUUCUCAUGAAAAAAACAACAGAAGAAAUUUCUUGAUAUUCAUUUUGUUCAAUUCACGAAGAAAGAAAAUUAAUUGAGUUCAAAUGCCGGGAUUAAUUUCUUUUUUUCAUUUACGUAUGACAUUUCAUUCAUUGAGUAGCUGUUGCUUCUGGGAAGAUUUAUUUUCACGUCUCAAAUUCAAUUGAGUGAGAGGAACAUCUCCACUUCUUUUUUUUCUUCAUCAUUUUGCUACAUUUUACAACCCUUGAGGCGCAUUUUUUUUUGGGGUUUGAAGUGACGAGACGACAGUUUCAGGAUAAAUUGUACGGAGUUUGACUUUACAACAGAGAAUCGUAUAUAUAUUUAGAUUUAUAUUUAUGUAAUAUUGUAAUAACUAUGUAAAAUGUAAUAUGUUAGAAUUAUAAUUUCCCUAAAGUCCUUUAUUAUCUACUUUUUUUCUAUUAUAAAAAAAAUUACAUUUAAGGCAUUUGGAAGGUAUUUUGUUAUUCUUUAGGAAUUGCAUUGGGCUAAGAAAUUAUAGGCGAAGACGUUUCUUUGCGGGGAACAAUAAAAUGUGUGAGGAGAUGGGGCGAUUUAGUGAUUUAGGAGAAAGAUUUUGUGGAUGCUUUUCCCCGCAAAUGACUAGUUGAGUGGUGUUUACUUUCCUUUUUCGUCACGUAAUAUAUUAAUUAUUAAAAUCUCUUUGUAAAUAUAUCACUGAUUGUAUGAGAAUUGUUUGAUUAAUCUUUUAUGUGCUUAAGAGAGAUGAUACUUCAACAAAAUAUAUGUUCAAUCUGA